AUGACAUUGACUGACUCCUCGUUGACUGCUCCUCUAGAGCUAGAUAAGUGUAUCGAAAGAUUAUAUCGUCGAGAGCUAUUGCCUGAGGUCACUAUACAUGCCUUGUGUUCUAAGCUUAAGGAACUCUUGAUCAAAGAAAGCAAUGUAGUUUACAUCAAUACUCCUGUGACUGUUGUUGGUGAUAUUCAUGGUCAAUUUCAUGAUCUAAUUGAAAUAUUCAGAAUUGGUGGGUUUGCUCCUGAUACAAAUUACUUAUUUCUAGGUGAUUAUGUUGACAGAGGCAUGUUUAGUGUUGAAACAAUAACUCUAUUGAUAUGUCUAAAAUUAAGAUAUCCUAGCAGAAUAAAUUUGAUAAGAGGCAACCACGAAUCCAGGCAAAUAACGCAAAAUUAUGGUUUCUAUUCUGAAUGCCAUCGAAAAUAUGGCUCCCCUUUGGUUUGGGGUUAUUUUACUGAUAUGUUUGAUUUUUUAAUACUAUCCGUUGUUAUUAACGAUACCAUUUUUUGUGUGCAUGGAGGAUUGUCACCAAACGUCCAUAGCAUUGAUCAAAUUAAAUUAGUGGACAGGUUUCGUGAAAUACCUCAUGAAGGUGCAAUGGCUGAUCUAGUUUGGUCCGAUCCAAAUGAUGAAGAAAAUGAUUUCCAACUUUCUUCAAGAGGUGCUGGCUAUACUUUUGGUUAUGAUGUUGUCAAAAAGUUUUUACAAUUUAACUCAAUGGAUAAAAUUUUACGAGCUCACCAACUAUGUAAUGAAGGCUACCAAAUUUACUUUCAUGGUUUAGUGACAACUGUUUGGUCUGCGCCAAAUUAUUGUUAUAGAUGUGGAAAUCGAGCAAGUAUUUUGGAAAUAUAUAAUGAUCAGCAAAGUUUUUUCAAUGUUUUUGAAGAAAGUCCAGAAAAUGCAAUUGAAAUAAGAAAAGAAUCCGACAGAAUCAAAACUCAAUUAAGACCUGUUGAAUAUUUCUUAUAA